AUGCCAGCUUCCGUGGCCUCUCAGUCUUCCCUCUUCUCCCGUGGUGACAUCUUCGCCAAUCUUCCUCCCGGUACCUACCACACUUCGGAUGACACAUCCGACGACGAUGUUAUGGCAUUAGACGAAGCACCCGAACACCUGAAGAAGAUCACCAACAAAGAUACACCUAUCGUGGUUGACUCUUCUUCGGACGGGGAAGAUCAUCCUACUUCCACUCGAGCGGGGCCGUCAACUCGUAAAAGACGCAAUCAAGGUUCAGGUGAUGAACAGCCAGUCAGAGUAUCUCAAGGAAGAAACUCUCAGAGAUCCCCUGCGAAACGAAGAAAAUCAACUACCGUACCUCGAUCUCAACAAACUCCAGCAGCCAUCCACAUCAACCUUCCUUCCUCUUCCCCUGUAGCCGGUCCUUCCACUCCUAGAUCGUACCUGGCCGAAGAUCACCUGAAUCACGUACUAGAGAUACUACCUGACAUUGACUCAGAAUGGGCCUUGGGUCACAUCAACCAAGAGAUGGUACUUAGGAAAGAUGAUAAUCCCGCCAAUAGAGUUGUAGAAAUCGCUUUAGAGAUGGAAGGUGGAUAUCCCAAACUGAAAGAGACAAAAAAGGGUAAAGAAAAAGAAAAAUCGCCUGUCGUAGCUGGACAAAGAGAAGGAUAUAGAAAUCCGAUUUAUAGAAGUGAUGAGAGAGUCGGUAUAGGAUAUUAUCAGAAAGGUGUCAGUCAGCUGGAAGAGGAUUUUCCUCUUAUACCUGCACAUUAUGUUCGCAAUGUCUUCCAUACUAUGCAGACUCUAUACGUCCCUACGUAUUUCCGACUUCUGGAACACUCAAAGUCACCAGCAAAACCAUAUGUAGAGUUGAAAAGGGCCAGAAAUACAGGAAAAGGGAAGUCUAAAGCGAAGCAAGUGGAACGUGAUGAUUUGACCGAGGGGGAUCAAUUCCAGGAUGUAGGGUCAGAGGAGUUUGGGAAAGAAGUCAAGUGGCUACGAAGAACUCUAGCCACCGAGCAGAGUGAGAGGGAUGCUGCUGAAGCUAGACGAGUAGCUGAAGAGGAAGCGUUAGCUGGAGGAGCUGGUAUUGAAUGCGGAUGUUGCUUCUGCGACACUUUACCGAGGGAUAUGAUCCAAUGUGCCGAGGGUCAUCUCUUCUGCCGAGAAUGUGCUACCAAACAUGCCGAGACGAAACUCGGAGAGCAAUCAACUUCGAUUUUAUGUAUGGACCAAUCGGAUUGUACUUCCGCUUUCCCCGAAUCCGAACUCACCAGAUGUCUUUCCGAGAAAUCACUCCAACUAUACCAUCGGCUGAAACAAGCUAAGGAACUUGAGCAAGCUGAAAUCGAAGGACUGGAAAGUUGUCCCAGUUGUCCUUAUGCUACUAUCAUUGACAAUCCGGAUGAGAAGCUUUUCAGGUGUAUGAAUGAGGAAUGUGGUCAAGUCACCUGCAGAGGGUGUAGGAAGAAGGAACAUAUACCGAGGACGUGUGCUGAGGUCGAAGCGGAUCUGAAACUUAACAAUAGACAUACCGUGGAAGAUGCCAUGUCGGAAGCUUUGAUCAGACGAUGUCCCACAUGCUCGAAACCGUAUAUCAAAGAUUCAGGGUGCAAUAAAAUCCAUUGCGGUAAAUGUGGUACCCUCUCAUGCUAUGUGUGUCAGAAGGUCAUUACUGGAUAUGAACAUUUCGAUCAAGUACCUGGAGCAUCUGGUCGGCCUAGGGAAUCAAACAAGUGCAUAUUAUGGGAUCAGAAUGAAAGGCAACAUGACGAUCAAGCUGUUCGAGCAGCAAGAGACCAAGCUGCCGCCAGAGUCCUAGCUGCCGCACAGGAGAAUGGAGUCGAUCUCAAUGCGGACGACAUCAAUGUUGCCCUGCCUGAUGCUCCACUUGCCAUGGCUGCUGGUGCUGGACCCGUUCCUAUGGCUAGGUAUGUGCCACCGGCUGGAGUAGCACAAAGGUGGAUUCCUGCUGCUGGUGGUGGUAAUGAUGCAGCAGAUCAACGAUUUCGAAAUGCAUUGGCGAGGAUGAAUGAUAUCGCCGUAGGAGUCAACCAGCUACCUCAACCUGGACCACUGAAUCCCCAUCCAUACCGUAUACCUCCACUCAGACCAUACGCUUUGCCGAAUGUCCCUCCUGGUUUCGAUCAGGCAAUGAUAGGUGGAGUCAUAGCUCCUCUACCCCAGCGAAGAGAAUUCAACAGGCCGCCCAUACACGAAUUAUUGAACGACCCUGAAAUUUUCAAUGACGAUGAUUGGGACGAUAUCGAUGAAGAUGAUCAUGUCGACGAAGAAUCAAAUUCAGAUUCAGAAGGAGACGAAGAUGCUGCGGCCGACCUGCAAGACGAACGACGAAUUAGGAACGAAUUGCGUGCACGAGAGGAACAAGGACAGAUUGAAAGAGAGCGUCAAGAGGAACGUCGUCGUGGUGCGGAAGAACGAGCGGAGAGAGCAAGGAAAAGGGGAAGAAGGUGA